CAGCCCCUAAAAAAGUUCCCACACAGAAAAGGACGGAGAGCGGCCACGGGCGCGGAGAGGGAAUCACCGGUCGGCAGCCUCACUGAUGUUUGUCCAGGAGAGAAACCAGACAUGCAUUCUGUAGGCAAGUCGUGGCUGCUGCUUACAGGUUUCAUACUGUUUUAUAUCAUCUACCUGCUGUUCGGGGCCCUGGUUUUCUCCAGCAUCGAGCGGCCGGUGGAGGACAAGCUGCGACAGGACAUGGAGGCUCUGAAGCAGGAGUUUCUGAACCAGAGCUGCGUCAACGCCGCGUCCCUCGAGCACUUUCUGGUCAAGGUUUUGACGGCCAACAAGUACGGCGUCUCCGUCCUCAGGAACUCCUCCGUCACUUCCAACUGGGACCUGGCAUCCUCCAUGUUCUUCGCCAACACUCUGGUCACCACUGUCGGCUAUGGCCACACCACUCCUCUGUCUGACACUGGGAAGGCCUUCUCCAUCCUCUACGCCCUGAUAGGAGUCCCCUUCACCAUGCUGGUGCUCACCGCCUGCGUCCAGAGGCUCAUGUACCCUCUGGUCUUUGCUCCAGUCAGCCUCCUGCAGCGUUCAGGCAUGGAGCCCCGGCCGGCCACCGCUGUCCACUUCCUGUUGCUGCUGGUUCUGGUGGUGCUGUGCUUUUUCGUGGCUCCGGCCGCAGUGUUCAGCUUGGUGGAGGUGUCCUGGUCGUUCUUGGAUGGCAUCUACUUCUGUUUCAUCUCACUGUGCACCAUCGGACUAGGGGAUUUCGUUCCAGGGACACAGCCUGGGCAGAAGUACAGGCAGUUGUAUCAGGUCUCUGUCAUGGUCUACCUGUUUGUGGGUCUGAUGAUGAUGUACCUCCUGCUGCGCACCUUCCACAAAAUGGCUGACCUGCACGGAUUGACCACCUUCCUGCAGCUGCCGCGUUGUGAGGAGUCCGACCAGGACGACGACAGGGAGCCCAUCAUACAGAACAAACAUGACGACCAGGCGCCCCCUUACCUUACAGAAAAAGCUGCCAGUAAGCCCCUGGAGCCGGGAUCACAGCCCUCAUACAACACCAUCAACAAAGGCUGAGCUGCGGGGAGGCAGAGAAGAGAAACAAGCUCUACCUCUGGCGAUCCCUCGGCCUUUUGAACCAGUGAUUAAAACACCCAGUCUGGCAGGCUGAAUCUGAAUUCUUCUCUUAAUUUUUUCAUUUUGUGCUCUCUAGUCUCCUUGUAAAAAAAAAAACCAAAAAAAAAACCAUCCAGACAAGAUUGCAUACUAAUAAUAAGGAAUUGAGGUGAGAGUUUUGAGAUUCAGCCUUUUCUGAGAGGACCGCCAAACAGUUUGGGAGUGGUAAUAACGUCACUGUCUGUACAUAGAAAAGGACUGUCCUAACUUUACUACGGCAACCCGCCUGGGCCAAAAGGCAUAGAAGAUCCUUUUCCUCCUAAACACUGAUGUAACUGUGGCGUGUUGACCAGACAGGCUCCGCAUGUGUGUUUUCAGCCUCAGGAUCUCACAUGAAGGGCUCGAACCAAAGCUCCUGGCACAUGGUUGCUUAUUUUUUUAUUUUAUUUUUUUGCGUGUAUUCUCCUCACGUUGCUUUUUGUGCCUUAGGUUUGGGUUGCUAGUUCAGGAUUGACAAAUACUGUCUUCAUAUAAUUGUGCUGAAACUAAAACUUGGUGCUAAACACGAUAUGUGGAUGCACUUGCCAUUUCAACUUUCUGAAAAUCUUGUAACAUUUGACUGCAUUUGUUUUUAUUUGGGUGUAUUGUUCAAUUCCUUCUUCUUAUAUUUCACACAUGCACAUUGUGGCCAAAACACCUCCCAGACUAUUUACCAGACCAUCCAGUCAUAUUUAUAAUCCUCGGGCUGGGUCGGUGGACUGGCCUUGGCUUGCUUUUUGCACCGCUUCACAAGCCUGAAUGAUCACAGCUGCAGUGAAAUGACAAAUGAACCUGUUACAACUGUAGAUCACUUCCUCAAAAAGAGGUCUAACGGGGACCUACGCUGAGCAUUUCAAACGGUUAACUGGAACGUGUUUCUUAUUUAAACAGAUUUCCUGUGUGAAAGUAGUAACUUUGCUGCGUUUUGGUCCGCCUUAAAGAGCAAUGUGUUCACUUCAGAGGAGCACUGUGUUCACCUCAGGACCUGGGCUGUCCUCCUUUUUAUAGUGCCGCCCCCCGGUGUCUACAUGUACGUAGUGCAACAUGUUACCACGCCUCCACAGCAGUGAUUAAAAAAGGGUUUAAAGGGGUUGGAGUACAGGGACUGAAGAAAAGGAAAAGGAAGGUUAAUAAGAGUUUAGUUGUGGUGAUUGAGGGCAUGAUUAAUUUCAACGGAAAACCAAAUGUCACUUGCCAAACACAACCUGUUCUGUGUGAUUUUAUAGUGUCUGGAUUUUAUCCAUCUGAAAUAAUGAACACUUGAAAUGCACUUUAAUGUUCACAUCAGUUAGUUUUCUUUUACCAUCAAAGUUGUAGUCAAUUGACCAGGCUAAUUCCAUCCUGAUACUGUAGCAUAAGUUGUCUAUGUCCAUUUUGGUGUGCAUGUUGUAGUUUAGUAAUAUAUCUUUGUAUUGGACAAACAUAAAUUAAAAAAAAAACUACGCCUUGUA